AUGACUGACCUGAGGAUCACGAAUCCACAGCAGAACAACAAUGAGCGAACCCAGAAUCCAGUGAGGAACGCUAAUGGCCGACAUCAAAGGGUUGUUACUAACCCGGUACGUCAUCAAGAAUCUCGGCGUGAAGGAAGCCGAGAUGCAAGGGGAACGGUAAGGAAAAUAGACCUCAUGCAUGAUAGGCAUCUUCUUAGAAACCCGGAUGGAGGAAGAGGUGCAACAAGGCAGAUGGAGAAUAGCCAUCCACUGGGUGACGGGCACCCGUUCAGGAACCCGGAUGAUGUAUCCGGGGUCUAUAGAAGGAAAUACAAUAGGGGGCAGUACAAUGAUAGUCCCUUCGUGGACGAGAUUGUUGAUGCACCCUUUCCAGAAAAUCUGAAUUUAUCAGAGCUUCUCAAGUAUGACGAAACGCAGGAUCCUCAUGUGCACUUGGAUGCCUUCGACACGACCAUGUACAUCAAGGGGAUAAAAAAACCUUUGAUCACGCGACUCUUCGCAACUACGUUAACAGGAGCGGUUCAAACAUGGUUUUCAUCAUUGCCAGCGGGAUCCAUCAGAUCUUUUGAAGAAUUUGGUGGAAGAUUUUUGCUAAAUUUUGCUACUAGCAAAAAGCAACCAAAGUCAGAAUUUGCGCUAGGGAAGAUAAGGCAGCAACCUGGUGAAACACUGCAGAAAUACCUGGAUCGGUUUAAAAUGGUCGCCUUGCAGGUUCUGGGGUUGUCUGAAAACGUACAUCUGCACCUGGUGAUAGCAAGGUUGCAUGGCUCUUCUAGGUUAGCCAAGUCCAUAUACAAAGAACUAGCUCGAACCUUGGUAGAGUUCACAGCGCGGUCAAAGAAGUAUUUGGAGCUCGAACAGAUGGAAAUCGAGAAUAUGGAUCAGAGGCACCAUCCUAACCAAAUAGAGAAACCCAGAAGUCGAAGGCAAAAUGAUUUUCGAGGUAAAAGACAAGAUGACAGAAUUUCGGUGAGGGGAAGAUUUGAGAAAUACGCACCCUUAAAUUCACCUAGGUCGCAAAUCUGGAGGGAAGUGGCCUCAACGGAGAUGAAGAAGGUAGAUAGACCCCGGCCUUUGCUGAAUCAGACCGUGUUAGACCAAUCUUGGUAUUGUGCAUUUCAUGAUGGGCCUGGCCACACUACUGAUGAAUGCUGGGAUCUGAGAAAUGCGAUUGAAAAGUAUGUCAGAGAUGGAAAACUGCGUCAAUAUCUGAUCAGAACUCAAGGAUGGAAGAACAACAGGAAAAGAAGAGGAGGCCGGCCUAUGAGCCCACCAAAAGAAAAAAGAUUCAAGGAAGAAGGCCGAGGCAAGAAGCUGGCCAGAGAAGAAGAUGAAUUUGUGGAGCCGGAGUUUGAAUGCAAUGUGAUUAGUGGGGCUUUUGGUGGGGGAGGCGACACCAUGAAUGCUAGAAGAAAAUAUCUGAGUGAGGUGCUUUCGAUACGGGAGCGACCUAAGUUUAAAGAAGUCGAACCAGAGCCUUCACUAUUGUAUUUCACCAGGAAAGAGUUGGAGGAUGUGAUGCCAGGACAUGUGGAUGGAUUACUCAUUACGGGAACGCUAGUCAAUUGCAGAGUUAAGAAGAUAUUUGUAGACAACUGCAGUUGUGCCGACAUAAUCCUAUGGCAGGCGUUCAAAAAAAUGAAUCUGGAUGAGGAAGAUUUGUAG